CCGUUUUGUCAGGGAUAUAAAGGUGGUGUGAGCAGGGAGAGCCCAGCACAGUGUGGACUGUGGGAAGCAAGGAUGGGAGUGCAGCGCCUGGCGGUGGCUUGCGGGGCACUGGCCUUGUGCCUGGCACUCACCACAGCCACCAACCCCGGCUUCGUGGUGAGGAUCACCCAGGCAGGCUUGGACUACGCCCAUCAGCAGGGGAUUAUGAUCCUGGAGAAGGAGUUGGCCCAGCUGAAGCUGCCAGACAUCUCAGGUGACGCUCGUGUCUUACGUGUGGGGAAGGUCCGCUAUGAAUUGUCCAGACUGAGCCUUCGUGAUUUCCAAUUGCCAUACUCAAGGAUUACCCCAGUCUCCAACGUGGGCCUGCAGGUCUCCAUCUCCAACGCCUUUGCCGAGCUGGAUGGGGACUGGCGGGUGAAGCUUUUCUUUGUGUCAGUUCCCAGCUCUUCCUCUCCCUAUUCAGGCAUCCACUCUGUGUCUCCAACUCUGGAUCUGGACAGUCGGGACCACGGAUCUUUUAACCUGAAGGUGGAAAAUGUCUACAUCAAGAUUAGCCUGAGGCUGGGCAGUGACACCACUGGGAAGCCCACCAUCAGCACCUCGGACUGCAGUGCCAGCAUCUCCAAAGUCCGGGUGCUUUUUUCUGGCAAGUUGGGGUGGCUUUAUAAUCUGUUCCACAAGACUAUUGAGUCCCGGUUGAGGAAGAUUUUGGAGGACAAGGUCUGUGACAGUGUGGUCAAGUCUGUGCACAAUGAACUCCAGACAUACAUCCAGACCCUGCCAGUCACAGCCAGGAUAGAUAACAAGACUGGGAUUGAUUACUCCUUGGUGGCACCCCCAAGAGCUACUGCCCAGUCCCUCAACGCAGAUCUGAAGGGUGAAUUCUACUCCCUGGCCAACCGCUCCACUGUCCCCUUCUCACCACUGCCACUGGCCUUCCCCUCGGAUCACGACCGCAUGGUUUACUUUGGAGCCUCCAGCUACUUCUUCAACACAGCUGGCAUUGCCUACCGUGAGGCUGGGGCCCUGGUCUUUGAAAUCACAGAGGCCAUGAUCCCAAAGGAAGCAGGAUUCAGAUUGGACACCUCUGUCUUCUCAGCCUUCAUUCCCCAGCUGGAGGAAAUGUACCCAAACAUGCCAAUGAAGUUCAGGCUGUCUGCUCCCACUGCUCCGUUCCUGACUAUUGGACCAGGAGGAAUCUCGUUCCAGCCCAUUGUGGAUGCUCAGGCUUAUGCCAUCCUUCCCAACUCCAGCCUGGUUCCUCUCUUCCUCCUCAGCCUGACAGGGAACGUGUCUGCUGUCAUCAACGAGAGAUCCGGCCGCAUAGUUGGGAGACUGGAUAUGGGCAGGAUCAGGAUCUCUCUGAAGAAUUCAGCUGUUGGCACUUUCCAGGUGCGAAUGAUGCAGUCCAUAAUGAACGUCUUGACUUCCAGUACCCUGCUCCCACGUCUUAAUGCCCGGUUAGAUGAGGGUUUCCCUCUGCCCCUUCUGGACAGGAUUCAGCUCUCCAAUAUCCUCGUGAAGUUCCACCAGAAUUUCCUGCUGCUUGGAGCAGAUGUUCACUUCCAGCCCCGCGUAUGAAGAAAACAUGAUGAGAGCCCUUCAGCACUAAAUAUGCUCCAUUCACCACUUUGCCCUUCCCUGUCCUACUGCCUGAGAGAAACACCAUCAGUCCUGGCACAGUCCUGCACUGCUGCCUUGGCCCAGACCACUGGCUGGGGCCUCACCUGGUCCUACCAUGAGUUGGGGGUGCCCUGCCCUGGGCCACCCCCACCUCUCUUCCCUCUGAGCAGCAAUAAAGGUGUUGGUGCUGGGGA